AUGUCUUCUCAGCAAUCCCCGCCUCCUCAUCAAGGUCCACCGUCGAACCGAAACCAACCUCCUUCGGCUUCCCGGUCGAUAUCACCUCACAAGAGGCCAAGAACACCCGACUUUUCAAGGGAGCCGCCUAAGGGGCCACGUGCUUAUCUUACACAUCAGGGAGGCCCGCCGGCUGGCGGCGCCGGGAACAAUAGCUAUGGGGCAAGGGCACCUCCUGGCCCUCGAGGGCGGUCUCCUCCUCCUCUGGGACCGAGGUCUAGGACAACCGUGGGACCUCUGAGCGCAGGUAGUGGAAUGAGCCCAGUGAAUGACAGCUAUAAUGCUUUCCGGGAACGUCCACCACGCGAAUAUGAUGAUUAUACUCGUAAUCGUACAAUUCCACCGCGAAUGAGGGAAGGGCCUCCGGGGGUUGGUAUAGAACGACGACAAUCGAUUGGCGGGCCUAUGGGUGGGCCGUAUCCUCGUAGAACAUCGCCUCCUCGGAGAUCAAGAAGCCCUCCGGAGAGAAGAGGAUGGAACGAUCGGAUUGAGAGGUAUUCCCGGGAGGAUUUUCGUGAUAACAGGGACAACCGAGAAGAUUAUUUCGCUAGGACUGCGAGGGAGGACCGUCAUUUUCAGCGAGAGGGUCAUCCACGUGAUACAAGGGAGCGCGAUUACUCUUAUUCCUCGUCAUAUCGACCGGAGCCACGGGAACAAUAUACUAAUAAUACCCGAGAGUUCCAUCAUCGCCAAAGCGUUAGCAGCCAAGGCCUGCCAAUCGUAUCACCAGUUGACGAUCCGAAUAAACUCGCUAGGGAGCAACGGGAGCGAGAGGCUGCCGAGUAUAAGAAACGUCGGACAGCUGGUCCUCGACCAAAUGACCCUCCUGAGAGAAAACGUUCCACUCACACUAGGUCGCCCUCGCCGUCCGGUCAACAUCAGACGACCCAUUCACCUCCACAUACUGUUUCUUCUCGCUAUACCUCAAAUCCAUCCCCUUCGACUAAUUCGCCUCCACCACUUUCAGAUCGUAAUAAUGAGAGAACCUUAUCUGAUACACCUUUCAAGUCCGACAAUAAUCAACCCAUUCAAAGUGCAACGCCACAAACGCCUCACCCACCGCACACACCGAGCACGUUUCAGCGGAAUUUAACUCGACCAACACCCUCCGUUCCAAUCCUCUCUGCUCCUGCACCUCCAAGUGUUCCAUCAUUUAGAGAUAUCCCGCUAGGUCCCCGUGCUUUAUCCAACAGCUCGCUUAGAACGAUACCAACAGGUCCGAGGAUACCUCCAACAGGUCCUAGGUGGGAUAAGGACAAGAAAGACGGCGACAAAGACGACUCUGGGACUUUGAUUAAGGAAGAGCCGCACGAGAAAACGAUAGAUGACAAACCACCUAUUGAUGAACCUAGUCCGGUCGAGGAGGGUGAGGUGGUGAAUAGUGGCGACGAGAGAUCGUUCGAAGGAGACCACCGAGAGACCGAAAUGGAAAAUACGAACGAUUUCCGGAAAGAAUCGUCUUCCUUGGAAUAUAGGUUUGACCGGGUUUCAGGGGUUCCUGCGCUUCAUAACGUCGCAGAUGCUGCAGAAACCAAGAAGGAUGUUCCAAAAGAAACAUUUGUCAAAGAGGCGCCACCAGUGAAAGAACCAACUGAACCUAAAACUGUGCCGCAGGACAAGCGGCCUUCCACAGCUUCCGACAAUGCCAUGCGUGAUCAACCUUCACUAUCCGCCUCACCGACUGCGAAGAUUCCUCCAACUAUCCUAUCGCCCUCUACAGAAUCUGCGAAGUCUGUCCCCGUUCAGCCUGCUCAUUUUGCUCCGACAUCGCCCUCUCAACCAUCCCAAAUAUUACCCCCCUCGGUUCCUACAGGCCCUCGAGCACAGUUUAACAACCAAUCUGGUCGCGGUGGUGGAGGUCCGUUCUGGGGUCCUCGUAGAGGUAACAUGAUGGCCCCAGGGUCAUUUGGCAGAGGAGCUGGACCGGCACCUUACUCUAUUAAGCGUGAAGAAGAGGAGCGACGCCCAGGCCUCUGGAAUUCGGGUCGUGGGGCCAUGGCUGGUGGGCCAUCGAGCCGAAAUUUUGCACCAUCCGGGCCAGCAGGACAUUUUGGUCGGCCAGGCCAAGCUUUCACCUCUCCAAAGUUGACUAAUGCAGAGCUAAGAGCUGGGAGAGCCCCUAGUGUUGAUAGCGUUGGGAAUCAGAACUCUGAAAAGGGACAGGAAAGCGCUGGAGUAUCGGCCAUUGAAGGGCCUACAAGGCUUGUGGAAUCCCAGGACAUCGUGAUGGAAGAUGCACCCCAAUCUGAACCAGUAUCGACGCCACUUCCGGAACCAAGUGUCAAACAAGAGAGCCCUGUCGAGGCCAAGCCGUCAAAUGACGAUGUCAAGGCUGAAACUCUGAACGAGGACGACGAUGCACUCACCUCGUCUGAUGUUACGAAGAGAAUCGAGGAAAUUGAUCAGCGUAUAGGGGCAAUUGAAUCUCAACUCAAUGUACUCGACACACGAAAGCAGAGCAAACAGGUUGAAUUAGAACAAAUGGACAUUCGAGAAGCUGAAACGGUGGUAAGGACUGUUCGAGAGCAAGAUAUCGAGACGGAGGCGCCCAAAGCAAACACAGAAAAUGAUGCUUCGACUCAGGAUAUCCCUAAGCAGGAUAGUUUGUCUCCUUCUCUGGCCGCAGAAUUCGCCGCUCAGUCGAUGGAAGAUAAGCCAAGGCUACCAGGACCGAUGGAUAGUUCACCGGAACCGGAGCAGCCGUCAACUCCAAAGAUGUUGCAUGACCUCUCCCCAAUCGUUAAGGAAGAUGAAGAUGCGAUGGUCACGGACGUUAAGGAGGAAUCGAGCGCUUCGGCCAAAGAAACUUUCGAUACAUCAUCGCUACCCUAUUUCAUCCCGGGCCGGCAACGGGAACCCGUCGAAUAUGAAUUCUGGAAUGCUAAUAUAAGCCAACAUUCAAAGGUCGAGGAUAUUCUUGCCAAGCACAUUUUGGAAAGGAAGGCAAAUAUUGAGGAGAAGACAAUGAAAUUGAGGCAGGAGUAUCGGGACCAUUUGCCCGGUUGGAAGCAGGAUUGUGAAAAGCUGGAUUCCGAGGAGAAGCGAAACAAGAAAUCAGACUCCGAACCUAUUGACACAGUACCCGCAGAAGCCGUGCCGCCGGCGGUAAAUUUGGAGGUAUCGGGAACUGCAAGUCUCGGUCGUAGAAGUGGACGUGGCGUCAGUAGUGAUUUUGUUAGCUCUGAAUAUGAAAUCGAAAGGAUAAUGAAGUUGUCUGAGAAAGAGGAAGCCGAGAAAGCCGAAGCUGAAGCAAAGGAGAAAUAUGAUGACUCCCGCGAGGCUGUGGUUCCAGAUAUGAUCCUCGAUCCCGACGAGAAAGCUAGACUCCUCUACGUCGACACGAACAACAUCGUAACUGACAAAUCGGCUGUCAAGGGUAUCUUCAAAUUCGAACGCCCGGCUGACAACUGGACGGAAGAAGAGCAGAAAAUCUUUAAAGAGAGGUUCGCACAGUUUCCGAAACAGUGGGGUAAAAUCGCUCUCGGUAUUGAAGGCCGCGAUUACAAGGCUUGCAUUCUCCAUUACUAUCAGACCAAGCAGCAGACAGCUUAUAAGGAACUCGUCAGGCCAGCGAAGACGACCAGACGUCGUAAGCCGGGCCGCACUAUCGCUAUCACCAACGCUCGUACAACGAGAGCCAGAGCAUCUGCAGCUACUACGCUGUCCGAGGCGAGGCGUGGUACCCCAUUAGAGGACGAAGAUGUGGAUUCUGAGGAUGUACCGACACAGGGUAGACCGCGGAGAGCUGCUGCUCCUGUGUUUGGAGACAAUGAUGAUAACUUGACCCCUGGUCCGAGCGGGAAACGUCAGGCAGGUGGAAAGCCGUCAAUUAACGUUGAAGAUGUUUCUACGCCGACCCCCGCCGAGAAGCCUACCGGGAAACGCCGGGGGGGUCAGAAAGCGGAAAAGGAGAAAAAGGAGAAGAGCGCGUCUCGAGGAAGGACACCAAAUGCAACACCUGCCAAUGAAAAGGCUGAAAAAACGAUCAAAAAUAAGGGAGAUCUGCUUCAGAUGCCGCAGGAACUGACCGCUGCUGGUGCCCUGGCCAACAUGAGCGCUGCCGCUCCCGGCACUCUCACGGGGCUUUCUAAUGUUCGCGGGUUUAAUCAGGAGUUAAUUCAACCAGCUCCUCCAUUGAAACAAGAACCUGGAACGAAGUUAGAAGACGACAUUGGCCGACUCCAACAACCAUUUGUUACACAACCCUAUCUUGAUCCUCAUAACCGAAUGGCGAUACCGGCAUCGGGCAUUCCUCAACCGGAAAUCGUGCCUUCACGGCCUCUUGCUCCCGGAAGAAGACCUGGAGCUCCUGGGGGUCGCGGAAGAAAAGCGGCCCAGGUCGAUGAAGAUGGGGUUCUAAUCGCGCCUGUAACUUCGAGUUACUGGUCUGUCCCUGAAACACAGGAUUUCCCGCAGUUGCUAGCCUCUUUUGGUACCAAUUUUGAGGCAAUUGCGGAGCACCUGGGCACCAAGACCACUACCAUGGUGAGAAAUAAUUACCAGAGGGGUUGUGAGCAGGGUAAGGACUACCAGAGGAUUGCUGAAGAGGCAAAUCGUAAGAUCGCCACGGGAGAAGCUGUUCCUGCCCCUCCCCCUCCAAUCCUUCCUUCUUCUAAGAGGAGAUAUGACAAUUCGAACUCGCAAGCCAAUCGCGCCGCACAAGCCCAAGCUGUUGAUUCAGAUACCGAAAUGAUCGACCCAAGCGCCAGGAAGCAACCUCAAAGGCUCCCGCCACAGGGUACUAUCUUUACGCCGAAUAGGACAGUCGCAGUAGGGCCAGAAGCUAGGAUCCCUGCUCAGAUACAGUCAAAACCCGGGCCUAAACCCGGGACCUUCAAAGAAACUCGCCCCUCCCCACGGCCACCUGUCCCAUUCGUUCAGAGCGGUACCGGUAUUGAGGAUUAUAGACCGGUCAUCCCACCACGAGGCCCGAUAGAGCCCUCUGGGAAAACGCCUGCCCAAGCAAUACAGAUUACUGACAUGGAUGAUGUGCCAUCUCGGCAGUUUCCCGGCUCCCAAGCUAGUCAUCAAAGAACAAUUGAUCUUGAAUAUGAAAGAAGGCAACGACAGGGAAUUCAGGAUCCUCGGGUUAUGUUACAGCAGCAGCAAGAACACUUGGCGCGUCAGGAGCAAGCCGCUCAGUCUAAUAAGAUAGCACAGCAACAACCUGCCCGGCAGCCUCAAGCAGUUCAAGCUCUUCAUACCCAAGCCCAUCCAACCCAGAUCUCUAUCCAAGAACAGCCAGGCGCCCCAAGAUUCGACCCUCGGGACCCUCGAAACGAUCCUCGAGAUUCUCGCCCCCAAGAUCAGUACAGAACCCAACCCGCUCAUCUCCAAGAUCUCGUGAAACAGGAGCCGAGAGAGAAGCGAAUCAGUGGUGAAAAGCUUGUUCCUAUGCCUGGCCUUGAGCGACACCCAGUCCAGCAUGCAUUCCAAGAAGAGAAACGGCCAAGAUCUCCCCCGAUCCAGCGACAUCAUUCACCCCAGGUCUCGACCCAGGCUGCACCGCGGGCUGCGCCUGAUACAAUGUCUAAAAUGGUUUUGGGGCCGACUUAUAAGGAUGAGCGAUCACCCCCAAGGAUGCCUAUUGAACAAGUACAAGGCCAGCCACAUGUCAUGCAUGUGCAACAACAGACCCAGCAAACAACCCACCGGAGACACGAUUCUGGAAAUCACAGUACUCCACCAGCGAUCCCUUCACAAGGCCAACAGCAGCACCUUCGAACAGCUUCUUCAUCUAGGCCGCCAUACCCCCCAGCCCAACAAACCCCACCUAGCGCUCCAGCACCACCCCAGCAGCCGCAGCAAUCACAGCAACCACCCCCGGCAGCUGCUCCGCCAACCGCUCCAUCCAAGUCUGUGUUCAGUCUCGCUUCGAUCCUUAACGGGCCAGAAGAACCAUCGCGUCCCCCAGCCAGAUCCACAAACGAGACUUGGUUUGGAACCAGUGCUUCAUCCUCGUCGUACCCAGCUCGAGACCCCCCGGCCCCUCAACGGCCUCAGCCGGAGCCCGUUUCUCACUAUAACUCACCCAGCCUUUCAGCAGCUGUCCCUCACUUUGGUAGACACUCGCCAACCCCAUCUGAACCCCUCUUUCACUCACAGAGGGCCCCAUCUUCAGUCCCUCUUUCACAGGGCCCGGUAUCUGGUACCAUGUUUCAGAAAACCUACCCACCGGCUCAAACGCGCACACCUCCACCCCGAUCGACUUCGCAUCCGAAUUAUCCACCUCAACAACCUCCACCUCAUUCUCAAGUCCCCCCUGGCCCACCUGUUUCCUCGUAUCACGAUCACCCUUCCCGGCACCACGCUCCACCACAACGGGACCCUGGAGUAGAUCCUAGGGAUCGUGAUCCGCGCGAUCACUUUAGUCAAUACCCUUCUUCUCGUCAACAUCAGUUCUCACCACCGAACUAUCAAAGUGCCUAUCCUCCCCCUCCUUCGUCACAGGCACCGCCCCCGAUUCAUCGGGAACCGAUUGAGAGAAUCCACCCAGAUAGGACAAUGCAUCAACAACAUCCACAUCAUAUUCAAACACAACAACCUGGUGGCUACCCACCUCCGCCUCAGCAGUACCAUCCUAGUCGGCCUGGCGAACAAGGCCCGCCACCGUCAUUGAUGCAACCUAGUGGAUUCUACGAAUACUCCGCCCGACCGAGGCAGAUGGAUAGCCAUGAGAGAGGAAACCGCUAA